AUGUCGAACCCGUCCAAGGAGCGCAUUAACCCAUUGGACCCGAACCCGUUGGAUGAACCCAUCAACCCGUUGGAAGUCGAACACGCUGGACCCAAACCCGUUGGACGUCAAACCCGUCCCAGGAGCCCAUUAACCCGUUGGGAGUUGAACACGCUGGACCCAACCCGUUGGACGUCAAACCCGUCCAGGAGCGCAUUAACCCGUUGGGAGUCGAACACGCUGGACCCAAACCCGUUGGACGUCAAACCCGUCCCAGGAGCGCAUUAA